AUGGGGGACAUUAAUAAGCAUGGCGUCGAGGACACGGCAGCAGAAUGCGAAAGGCUGGGAGCCACUGUUCAAGCCUUCGUGGUGGACUGCAGCAAAAGGGAGGAAAUCUACAGCGCUGCAGAGAAGGUGAAAAAGGACAUUGGGGAUGUCUCCAUCCUGGUGAAUAACGCUGGCGUGAUUACAGCUGCCGACCUGCUCUCGACUCAGGACCACCAGAUUGAAAGAAUGUUUGAAGUCAACAUUCUUGCUCACAUCUGGACCACAAGAGCUUUUCUACCAACCAUGAUGAACAACAACCACGGUCACGUUGUCACGGUGGCUUCGGCAGCAGGUCAUUUUGUGACUUCUUUCAUGGUGGCUUACUGUUCAAGCAAGUUUGCUGCAGUUGGAUUUCACAAAGCUCUGACAGAGGAGCUGUCUACCCUGGGAAAGGACGGAAUAAAAACUACGUGUCUUUGUCCGGUUUUUAUAAACACUGGAUUUGUCAAAAACCCCAGUACGAGGCUUGGAAAGAUUUUGGAGAUUGAAGAAGUUGUAGAGGCCCUGAUGGAAGGAAUACUGACCAACCAGAAAAUGAUUUUUGUUCCAUCACAUCUAAGCAUUGCUUUACUUUCUGAAAUGUUGUUUCCAGAACGUGCCGUGGCUGUUCUGAAAAAGCUGACCAAUGCCAAGUUUGAUGCAGUCGUUGGGCAGAGAAGCACCCAGUGAAAAGCAAAAAUUGAUUCUCAUUUCCCAGUGGCACGAGUGAAAACAGAACAUGUGUGAGCAUAGUUCAGCUGGUUCAAUUCAGAGCAGAACUAAGACAGAUGCUUCCAGGCCACCAUUUCCAAGCACACCUAAGGGCUUAUCCCACACCUGCAGCAGGGACUUACCCACAUAACAUGGAAUGUUAACAAGCAGAGAUGCAGCUCUAGAAGUCUAAAGGGCUGCUUUGGCUGUAUGUCACAUCGUCUCCAUCUCCUAGUGCUGAGGCAGACAGGAAUUCCCACAAAGCCCAUCUUUGGGACAGCACAGCUGCGUACUUGAGUGCAAAGGGAUUGCCUGAGAAUAUGUUAAUCUGGACUCAUCCCUGAGCAAAGGUAUCUUGCAAGAAGCAAUUUAUAGAGGAGGUGGAUGGCCUGUUUCACCUCAAUUUUUCUCUUUAAAUUUAAAAAAAAAAGUGCUCUAAUGAACACUCACAGUUUUGUGUGCUUUUGUAGCGAGUACCUGAAAUAAUACAGCCUUGUUUGUAAUGUAAUACCUAAUUACAUCGAUUAUCAAUUAUGCAUUAGCACCAUCAACACUCCUUAUUCCAAAUAAAUACAGUUCUUUA